AUGUUUGCUAUAUAUAGAGCCGCCCCCCGUUUAUCGCGUCUACCCAUAUUUCGGCGCUCUACAAUGAAUUUAAUGACCAUUUCCCAACUGUUGGAUGACGCCUACUCCAAGCACAAAAUUAUCCCUGAUGUGGUUGACAAGUUUGACACACAAGGUCUUCUCACCAUUGAAUACUCCCCCGAACGUCAUGUAACAAUGGGGAACACUUUGAAAGUCAAGGACACCCAGCAUGUGCCAACCAUCCAAUUCACCCUCAAUUCGCCCAACCAGGAGGAGGAGAUGCUGGUGGAGACAGAUGACCGUUUUACGUUGGUGUUAACCGACCCAGACGCACCCUCCAAUACGGACCACAAGUGGUCGGAAUUCUGCCACUGGAUUCUCUCGGACUUGUCUUUGAACCCUAACAAUUCCGGCUCUGGGGACUCAUUGUCGACAGUUUUAGACUUGUCGAAAGGAAAGGAAGUCUUGCCUUAUGUUGGACCCGGACCACCACCAAAGACAGGCAAGCACCGCUAUGUCUUUUUGUUAUAUAAACAAGAUCCUCGUGCCAACUUGGUGGCGCCUUCAGACAGACCCAAUUGGGGAACGGGCACACCAGGAUCGGGAGUGAGAGACUGGAUUAAAAAGCACGGAGGCGAUUCGAAGUUGUUAGCUGUCAACUUCUUCUAUGCUCAGAAUGAGGUUCAGGAGUAA